GUCAUGGCCAUGAAAUAAUGGUAUAUAAGAACAGUCAAGAUGGGCUUCAUUGUGUGCAAUCACUUCUACCAAUCCUACUACAAAUCCAACUAUGAAGACAUUCACAUCAAUAGCAAGACAUUCGCUGCAGGCCAGUCAAGUCAGAUGGAACAUUGUUCAAAGACGAGGCCUAGCCACAACGGUCAGUACACCUUCUGGUAGCGAAAGAAUAUUUUGUAUCAAGCCAGAGUCAACAGAGAAAAGAGAAGGAUCAUUGAGCCAAAGGCAUAUGCAAUCGGCGCUUGAAGCAUUACAUCAUGAUGGUAUCGUGAUGCUAGAGGAUGUCAUACCGCUUAAUUUGCUAGACUCACUAAACGAAAGAAUGUGCAAAGAUACAAAGACUUUGAUUGGAAGAGGGGAAGAUGGACCGUUCAAUUAUAAUCUAGGAAAUUUACAACAAAGUCCGCCAUACGAAGCAAAGUAUCUUUCACCAGAAAUAUUCUUCAAUCCGUUGGCAACUAGCAUUACCACGGCUUUCCUUGGAGGCAAGCCAACGAUGUCAUUUAUUUCAUCAAAUGCUGCUGUUAAAGCAAAAGAAGGUCAACCUGUUCACUGUGAUGCAGAUUUUGACCAUCCAAGUAUACCAUUUGCAGCAGUGGUAAAUGUUGGUUUGAUUGAUAUGGAACCCAAGAAUGGUUCAACAGAGCAAUGGUUAGGAACACAUAGCAAUGCUUCUAUUAACGAUCAGCAAGGAGCUCAUGGUGAACGUGCAUCUGGACGUAUAAAAGAGGAUCUGCUGGAACAAAGAAGAAAUAUACGUCCACCCAUUCAACCAUAUGUAAAGAAAGGAUCAUUACUCGUGCGUGAUUUACGAUUAUGGCAUGCAGGUAUGCCAAAUACAACGGAUGAAAUCAGAAUUAUGCUAGCGAUGAUUCAUUUUGCGCCAUGGUAUCGUCAAAGGAUGAAGUUAGAUUUACCAAAGUCACUCAAAAUGUUAUUUGAACAACAAAGCAGACUCGGCUUAAGUAUACCUGCAAUAUUUGAGCAAGAUCAUAUCGAUCAUCUUAAUGCAGGUUUUGGUAAUUCGUUUGAUUUUGAUCAAGAUAAAUAGUUCUGAAUGAUAUGCUGUAUUUUGUAUGAUGUCUAAUCGCGAUAAUGUUUUAUGUGUGU